AUGCUGUGUUUGCUGCUGCUACAACUGCUGCUACAACAACUGCUGCUGCUACUACUACUGCUGAUACUUUUGUUUCUGUUGUUGUUCGAGAUUGUUGAAGUUGUAAACGCCUUGUCCGUUGCAUUUAUUAAAACUGGAAACAAACUGCCAAAUGUAUACCCACAAGAAAAGACAUUGUGGAUAGAUGAAGAAGAUGAUGAAUAUGGAAAUGAUAGUGAUGAUUGUGACGAUGAUGAUGAUUACAAUGAUGAUGAUGACGACGAUGAUGAUGGCGACGAUGACGACGAUGAUGAAUUUCAAGAAGAAGAAAAACAUAAUGAUGAUAGAAAUGAUGAUGGAGAUAGCGAAGACAAUGAUAAUGAGGAGGGUGAUGAAAAUGACGAUGAUGGCGAGGACGACGAUGAAGAUGACGAAGCCGUUAGCGACAAUUUCAAAUACGAUGACGAAGAUGUUGAUCAUAAUAAUGAUAAGGACAUUGGCGAUGAAGAGAUAGAGAUAAUUUAUAGUUUGCAAUCUUCUGCACGGCUUAACGUAUUUUCAAUGAAUGGGGCUAUUAAUAGUAGGAGCCUGUCAAAAUUUGACUGA